ACUACGCAGUACCUAGUACCUAGGCAGAAGUGACGACCGCUACAGGGAAGCUCUGACCGCCUAGACUCCUAUCUCCUACGCACCUACCCCGCCAUUUCUUAGGUACGUAUACGCCUAAUUCAGCCAGUUGGCAGCCACUAUUGGAUGUGCCUAAAAAAUGACCCUGGCAGCACCUAAUAGGUAGCAAUCGCAUCCACUUGUUAAAACUUCCCAUCUAAAUACUUAGUAUUUUGUGGCGUUUUCUUCGCCGUGUUUUCACUUAAAAAAGUCAACAAAGGAAAAAAGACCGGACAACGGCCAGCAGCGACAAAAAGACGUCACCGUCACCGCAGCACAAACCCUCCUUCGCGUGGGAAAGCUCGCCGUUGCUAAUUCAAUACCACGAUACGCACGCGUGUGAUGGGUAUUUGCUAGGUUGCCAAAUUUCCGAUUCGCCUGCACGCAACGCCCUGUCGAGAUGCCGCCGCGGCUAGUUCGUCGGAGACCGCUCCUAGAGCGUGUCAAGGCCAUGCUGAACCCCAUGGACUUCCUUUUGUGGCUGUCUGAGGAGAUAGAGACACGCGACUGGGACUCUAAGCUCGUUGGUACGCAGAUGGGACUGGUUAUGAACUUUGCGUUUCUGCUCGCCCGAGCCAAUAGUGGUGGUUCUCAGGCUGUAGAUCCUGUGUUCGACGAGGGAACGGUCUCUGGGUGGUUUACUUUCCUCGUCGGUACUCUGGUUUGGUUUCUCAUUACCGCCUCGGCCGUUAAUGCGACCUAUACGAUGUAUCGAUCUCGUCACUAUCGACUAUUCGAAGCGGACGUGGAGAAGGAGCCUCAAACGCCUUCAGCGCAUCGUGUUCGCGUCCAGUCGUCACCGGUCUCAUCGUCGCCUCUCCGGCUUCUGACGAAUAUGAUAGGGACCGAUAGUGCGGAAUCAAGAGCGCAUCCCGAUCGAGUUCGGGACGUGUGGGAGAUAUCGGUUUGGGAUCCACUACCGAUUUGCCUGCAAAUAUUCUGCUUAUUCAGUCCCGGCCACGUCCUCGUCUACACGAUGUUCCUACCGCUAGCACCUCUUGAUGCGAGACCAAGCGUUACCGUUUUUAAUUGUAUCGUGCUUCAGUGUAUCCUUUCGGCGCAGUUGCUUCUAUUCCAGAACAGGUUCACGCAGCAGAACAAGGACACCGCCAUUAUCCAAAAGGAGGUUAUGCACGAAUACGAUACCAAAUUCGUCCAUCCCAAUCUCUAUCCUAAAGUCAGGGACGCUGCAACGCAGAUAUCGCAGAGCGAGGAGGGCGAGGAUCUUGACGAGGAUAUACAGGUUGGCACGCCUACCGUCCAGCUCCGCCGAGGUUUCCGGACACGGCCCAACCCCAACUACAUUAAACACAUUGACCCUGAUCGUGGUAUGGUCCGAUCGAACUACAACAACGCCGGAAGUAGUUCUGGAUUAUUCACGCCCCCCGUCACGAGACAUACCGACGCCUAUGGCAGCGAGCUGAGAGGGCGUACUUCUGUGGCCACUGCCAAGACUCAAUGGAAGGGUACGCCAGGCCUUCCUACAUCUUUUAACCCUAACUCAUCCCGUCGAGGAGCCUCUAAUGCUGGAACAUCAACUCCUAACUAUUCUGCCUCUACCUCUAGCACCCACCAGGCCAACCAGGUAGGCGAUGGGGGUUACAUGGGUGUAUACACCCAUCCUCGUUCACCCCUGAAGAAAGCCCCUAGUCUAGGGGAACUUCAGUUUAGAUCACCACGAAAUAAUAGCGAGAUGGCUCAGCUCGAGCAAUACCAAUCGGCGAGAGAACGCAGCAACAGUCCUACAAAGAGCAUUAGGAAAAGCACUGGGACGCUGAAUGCUCAACCGUUGAAUAGCUGGGGACGACCCAGUCAAGCACCUUCUUACGAGAGAUACCCGUCUAUGUGGCGGUAGGAGGGUUACGGUUGUUUUAUUAUCUAAUUUUUUUUAUGUAGACUACGCAUUGAUGUUGGGAAUACCAGACAUCGGGAGGUUCAUUAUGGGUUUUAUUACGCCGCGGUGAGAAAAACCUCUUUCGUAUUCACCGGCAUUUGUAUGAAUACGAACUACUUCCACAGAAAGUCAAAUAGAAGUAGUGUGAUGAUGCUAAGAAACUACCGGCCUACCUCCAUUCUUCGGCUCGUGGUAAUGCUACUUCCCUAUGGUUUAACCGCCAACGGUAAUCCUUUCUACGCCAGUUGUACUCACCCUUAAGUUGGGAUCAAAACCUAAAUGUUCCUGCUUCUCCAACCAUCAACCUCGGACGAACCGCGAUAUCCAUCGUCUGUUGAACCUAAGUCGCACGUUCCCCAAUAUCAUAGUCCGAUCCUGCCUAAGUCUGAUCUGUUCACCUACCUCCCGCUCACUGCUGAGUAGCCACGCACUUGUGUUGUCCUGCUUGAUCCUAUGGACGAGGGAAAGAUGGACAGUCUCUUUAGUUCUGUUUCAGAUGCGUUACCACUCUCAGACAGGUAGCAACGAUCGUGCCCGAUCUGUUGUGCCUGGGUCAGAAGAGAAAGCACCUAGCAAGAUGGC